UCUCACAGAUUACGAUCUUUGGUAAAACAACUGGAGAAAGGAGAUGCUUCUGUUGAUGAUCUAAAAAAGAACCUAGAAUAUGCAGCUACUGUGUUGGAAUCUGUAUAUAUUGAUGAAACUAGGCGCCUCUUGGACACAGAAGAUGAGCUUAGCGAUAUCCAGUCUGACUCUGUGCCUUCAGAGGUACGGGACUGGCUGGCUUCUACUUUCACCCAACAGAUGGGUAUAAUGCUAAGAAGAAGUGAAGAAAAACCACGUUUCAGAAGCAUUGUUCAUGCAGUUCAAGCUGGAAUAUUUGUUGAGAGAAUGUACAGGCGUACAUCCAAUAUGGUUGGACUUAGUUAUCCCUCAGCUGUAAUCUCAGCACUAAAGAAUAUAGACAAGUGGUCAUUUGAUGUAUUUGCAUUAAAUGAUGCUAGUGGAGAUCAUGCACUAAAAUUUAUUUUCUAUGAACUGCUCACACGCUAUGAUCUGAUCAGCCGUUUCAAGAUUCCAAUUUCUGCUCUUGUCUCCUUUGUGGAAGCUCUGGAAGUUGGCUAUAGCAAGUAUAAAAAUCCAUACCACAAUCUAAUGCAUGCAGCAGAUGUCACACAGACUGUUCAUUACCUCAUUUUAAAGACAGGUGUAGCACACUGGUUGACAGAACUGGAAAUCUUUGCUAUGAUUUUUGCAGCUGCUAUCCAUGACUAUGAGCACACUGGAACUACAAACAACUUUCAUAUUCAAACAAAGUCAGAUACAGCCAUUCUAUACAAUGAUCGGUCUGUGUUAGAAAAUCAUCAUCUAAGUGCAGCAUUUCAACUUUUGCAAGAUGAUGAGGAGAUGAACAUUUUGUCUAACCUCUCCAAAGAUGAUUGGAGAGAGUUCAGGACUCUAGUGAUUGAGAUGGUGCUGGCUACAGAUAUGUCCUGUCAUUUUCAGCAAAUCAAAGCCAUGAAGAAUGCAUUGCAGCAGCCAGAAGGAAUUGACAAACCAAAAGCCUUAUCCUUGAUGUUGCACACAGCUGACAUCAGUCAUCCUGCCAAGGCAUGGAACCUCCAUCAUCGCUGGACCAUGUCACUGUUAGAAGAAUUUUUCAGACAGGUAACAUGA